UGAAAAAGACUUCUUCUUCCAAUUGUUUCAACGCGUUGCAAAAUAUCUAAUCUCUAUUCGAGUCAAGAGAGCGAUCGAGACGAAAAGGAAGAGAAGCUGAAGCUGAAGCUAAAGAUGGGUCAAGGAGAAGAAGACAAAAGCAAAGGCUUCGCUGAUGAAGCAGGUACCCAGCAUCAUCAUCAUCAUCAAUACGGUACGUUUCAAGGCGUUUCCAAUUACCCUCCUCCGCGGCCGCAGAACUCUCCUCCGGUCACUGGGUUUCCUCAGCCUUCUGCUCCGCCUGGAGUGUACGAUUCCGCCCCUCCUCAUUACGCACAUGGCUAUCAAACCGUUCCGGUACAUGGUAUUGCUGAAGGAAGACCUGUGCAUGUGCGACAACGCCGCCUUCCUUGCUGUGGAAUUGGUCUUGGGUGGUUCCUGUUCAUAGUUGGGUUUUUCCUUGGAGCAAUCCCUUGGUACGUCGGAAUGUUCAUCAUGAUAGUUGGAAGGAGGAUCGACCACAGGGAGAAGCCAGGAUACAUUGCUUGCACCAUCGCUGCUAUUCUUGCUACGAUCGCUGUGAUUCUGGGUGUAACUAAAGGAGCAGAAGACUGGUGAUCAAUCAAAACUAUGUUUGUGGUCAAGUCAGAACGUUUGUAUAGGUGUCGACAAACAUUUCGUCUUGUAUUUUAUUAUAUUCGUGGUACUUGAAGAAAGACAAAAAGGUGUAAACUUAAUAAAAGAUACGAGUUAAGUUAUUUGCAAGAAAAUAAGAUUGAAGAUGGUUUGUUUA